AUGCUGAGGUUCUGUGCUGUUGCUGCUGCUGCUGCAGCAGCAGCAGCAAGACCUUCGCCAGGCACAGCAGCUGCUAGGGCUGCUGCGUAUCAACGGGGUAUACCAGUAGCUGCAUCAGCAGCGACAGCAGCAACAACAGCAGCAACACUAAGCUCAAGCCCAGCAGCUGCUGCAGCAGCUGCAGCAGCUGCAGCAACUGCGGCGUCAGCAGCAAGAAGUAUAACUACGAACGCACGUAGCACUGAUGCUGCUCCUGCAGCGGUUCAGGACUCUCAGGAUGCCGCAGCAGCUGCAACAGCAGCAGCAGCAGCAGCAGCAGCAGCGGGUGCUGCUGCUGUAGCUGCAGCAACAGAGGGAUCUGUGAUUCAAGCCUUACGCCGAGCAGCCUCUCGGAAGAACUCUUUGCUGCAGCUGCAAGCUGCUGCUGCUGCUGCUGUGUCGGCGCUGCAGCAGCAGCUGCUGCAGCCAAAAGAAGCAGGACAGGUGCUGCAGCUGCUGUCUAGACACCAGGGGCUGCUGCCUCGCAGCAUUUGGAAGGAUGCUGCAGCAGCCUUGCUGCCGCUGCUGCAGCAGCAGCAGCAGCUUGCGCCCCCGCAGCAGAUGGGCGCUUCCCGGCUGCGGGGCGCCAAGCAGCAGCACCGGCAGCAGCAGCAGCAGGAACAGCAGCAGCAGGAACAGCAGCAGCAGGAGCAGCAGCAGCAGGAACAGCAGCAGCAGCAGCAGCAGCAGCAGCGUGUGUUGUCUGUUGGUGAUCUGGCUGUGCUGCUGAAUGCCUUCGCCCGGGUUAACUACAAGCCGCAGCUGCUGCUGCACGAGGCCCUCCGUCUCCUCUCCCCCCAGGAUGCAGCGCAGCAGCAGCAGCAGCGGCAGCAGCAGCAGCAGCAGCAGCAGCAAGGGAGUGAAGCUUUCAAAAUACGCAGCAGAUUUGGGCGUGCGGCUUUUGCGCAGGUUGAGCUGGACCCUGAGCAGCAGCAGCAGCAGCAGCAGCAACAGCAGCAGCAGAAGAUGCAAAAACAACAGCAGCAGCAGAUGCAGCAGCAGCAGCAGCAGCAGCAGCAGCUGGAGGAAGCUGCAGCGAAUGAAGCUGCAUCUCAGGGUGCUGUCUCUGCUGCUACCAUUUGGACAUUCGACGGAGAAGCAGCAGAAGCAGAAGCAGCAGCAGCAGCUGCUGCUGCUGCUGCACCCGCAGCAGCAGCAGCAGCACGAGCAAAAGCAGGGGAGGUAGGCGCAGCAGCAGCAGCAACAACAGCAGCAGCAGCAACAACAGCAGCAGCAGCAUUUGGAAAAGCCUAUACUGCCGCAGAAGGACCUACAGCAGCAACAGGAGCAGCAGCAGCAAAAGUAACCGAAUCAGCAGCAACAGCAGCUGCUGCUGCAGCAGCAGCUGCUGCAGCAUCCUCUCCACCCAAUUUGAAUCCGCUUCCCACUGCUGUGCCUUCUGAACCCGCUACUGCUGCUGCUGCUGCUGCUGCUGCUGCUGCUCCAGUUGUGUGGGGGCCUAAGGAAGGGCUGCUGCUGCUGCAUGCAGUUUCGGCGUUGCAGAUGUCUGCCCCUGUGCUGCUGCAGCAGCUGCGGCAGUGGCUGCUGCUGUCGAUGCAGCAGCUAACCCCGCUGCAGCUAGCUGUUGGAGUGCAUGCGCUGGCAGCAGCGCAGCAGGCAGAUGCUGUGCUGCUGCACACAGUUGCUGCUCAUCUGCUGCAGCCACAGCAGCAGCAGAAAUCACGGCUGCUAAAGGACCAGCAGCAACAGCAGCAGCAGCAGCUGCAGCACGAACCGCAGCACCAGCUGCAGCAGCAACAGCAUUCGCAGCAGCAGCAGCAGCAGCAGCAGCAGCAGCAGGUCGCUCUGCGGCUGCAUGCACUAGACAAGGCACCUACUCUCAGACUGCAGCAGCAGCAGCAGCAGCAGCAGCAGCAGCAACAGCAGCAACAAGAGGAAGCAGAGUAA